AUGGCCCAACCAAAACCAAAACCACAAGCACAAGUCUUGCCCGAUGUGACCGCCGCCAUUGGCUCCACCCCCCUCGUCAACUUGUCUCGAUUGACCAAGCACUAUGACCUUCAAGGAAGAAUUCUGGCCAAACUGGAAUACUUGAAUCCCGGCUUUUCCAAAAAGGAUCGGAUUGCAAAACAUAUGAUUGAGGAUGCCAAAACUUCCGGACAACUCCAACCAGGCCAACCAGUCGUGGAAUUGACCAGUGGCAAUACUGGGACUGGAUUGGCCAUUGUGUGUGGUGUUUUAGGUCAUCCAUUCACGGCAGUCAUGAGCAAGGGAAACAGUAUGGAACGUGCUCGCAUGAUGAACGCAUUGGGCGCCACGGUCGAAUUGGUGGAACAAGCUCCUGGGAGCAAGAUAGGACAAGUUACUGGGGUGGAUUUGGAAAUGGUAGAACAACGCACCAACGAGUUGGUACAAGAGUUGGGUGCCUUUCGGGCCGAUCAAUUCCGAAAUCAAGCCAAUGCCAUGGCCCAUUUCCAAGCCACAGCUCCAGAAAUUUGGAAUGACAGUGGAAACAGUGUUACAUCAUUUUGCGAUUUCGUAGGGACUGGAGGAUCCUUUGGUGGCUGUGCCAGGUACUUUCAGGAUAAGGGUGUCAAAUGUUAUAUAGUGGAGCCAAAGGGAGCUGCCGUCCUGGCUGGAGGAACUGUGGCACGACCAAAUCACCGCAUUCAAGGUGGAGGAUACCUCAUGAAGAAUCUCCCCUGUAUUCAGUCGAACGAUGACGACCAUGCAGACAUCAAAGUGGACGGAUAUUUGCAAGUGACGGAUGAAGAAGCAAUUCAAUGUGCUUGUGAUUUAGCUCGACUGGAAGGUAUAUUUGGUGGUUUCUCAGCUGGUGCCAAUGUGGCGGCUGCCAUUGCCUUGCUGCGAAGCAAACCAAUAGCAGACCCAGAUGAGACGAUUGCCAUUUUGAUUUGUGAUUCGGGUCUCAAGUACUUGAGCACAGAUCUAUGGGAGGAGUUUUGA